CUGCUGAUGCCCCGCCCUGUUCCCCCUCGCGGGCGGCUUUGCUCCUCCCCUCGGCCUGAAGAGCCAGGGAAGCCCCGCAGCCAGCCCCUCUUCCUACGCCCUCCCCUGGCCCGGCGGAUGCGCUCGCUCUCCCGGUGGGAUGGAAGUCCCCGGUGAUCCUUCUUCCCGGUAGCAGGCGGCGGCUCUGUUCGGCGCAAAAUGCUGGGCAUGUACGUGCCGGAUAGGUUUGCCCUGAAAUCAUCAAAAGUGCAGGACGGGAUGGGGCUCUACGCGGCCCGCAGAGUUAAGAAGGGUGAAAAAUUUGGCCCCUUUGCAGGGGAGAAGCGAAUGCCUGAGGAGCUGGAUGAGAGCACAGACUGCAGGCUCAUGUGGGAAGUUCGUGGGAGUAAAGGUGAAGUCCUUUAUAUCCUGGAUGCAAGCAAUCCACGCCAUUCUAAUUGGCUGCGGUUUGUCCAUGAGGCUCCAUCACAGGAGCAGAAGAACCUGGCAGCCAUCCAGGAAGGGGAAAAUAUUUUCUAUCUGGCUGUGGAAGAUAUUGAAACAGACACAGAACUUCUGAUUGGAUACUUGGACAGUGACAUGGAAGAAGAGGAGGAGGAGGAAGAAGAAGUAACUGUUACCCAGGAAGAUGAAGGCAGUGGCAACAACAAAGAAGUGCAACCAGCUGGUGAAAAAGUUGCAAAUCCCCUCACCUGUAAAGAAGAGCAUGCAUGCCCAAACUGUGAAUCCAGUUUUGCUAGCCAGGAGAUUCUAGCUGAACAUCUUCAGACUUUGCACCAAAAACCCAGUGAGGAAAAGGAAUUUAAGUGCCGAAACUGUGGAAAGAAAUUCCCUGUGAAACAAGCUUUACAAAGACAUGUACUUCAGUGCACAGAGAGUAUCAGCCCAGGAGACACUUCAAGAAGUUUUCAGUGCUCUGUUUGCAAUAUUUCCUUCAGCUCAGAAUCGAGUUACGAACAGCACAAGGAGGCAUGCAGAGGGGAUGCCAGGUUCAUAUGCAAGGCAGAUAGCUGUGGAAAGAGGUUCAAGAGUAAGGAUGCUCUGAAAAAACAUAAAGAAAACGUUCACAGUGGAAAUUCUAGGAAGAAGCUGAUGUGUUCAGUGUGCAAUAAGAAAUGUUCCUCAGCAGCAAAUCUCCAAGAGCAUCGAAAGGUCCAUGAGAUCUUUGAGUGUCAGGAAUGUGACAAGAAAUUCAUUUCAGCUAACCAGCUAAAGCGCCAUAUGAUAACUCAUUCAGAAAAACGCCCCUACACCUGCGAGGUUUGCAAUAAGUCCUUCAAACGACUUGAUCAAGUGACUGCACACAAAAUAAUACACAGUGAAGAUAAACCUUAUAAAUGCAAGCUUUGUGGAAAGGGAUUUGCCCACAGAAAUGUUUACAAGAAUCACAAGAAGACUCAUUCUGAAGAGAGACCAUUCCAGUGUGAGGAAUGCAAAGCUUUGUUCCGAACCCCGUUCUCUCUACAAAGACAUCUGUUAAUCCAUAACAGUGAGAGGACUUUCAGGUGUGAUCACUGUGAUGCUACUUUCAAAAGAAAGGACACAUUAAAUGUUCAUAUUCAAGUUGUACACGAUGGACAUAAGAAAUACAAGUGUGAUCUCUGUGACAAAGCUUUUGUGACACCCUCAGUCCUAAAGAGUCAUAAAAAAACUCACACAGGAGAAAAAGAGAAGAUUUGCCCAUAUUGCGGACAGAAGUUUGCAAGCAAUGGAACACUGAGAGUUCAUAUUCGAAGCCAUACAGGUGAGCGUCCUUACCAGUGUCCUUACUGUGACAAGGCUUUCAGCAAGAAUGAUGGAUUGAAGAUGCAUAUUCGCACCCACACAAGGGAAAAGCCGUACCAGUGUUCAGAGUGUAAUAAGGCUUUCAGUCAGAAGCGUGGCCUAGAUGAGCACAUGAGAACCCACACCGGAGAGAAGCCAUUUCAGUGUGAUGUUUGUGAUUUGUCCUUCAGCCUGAAGAAGAUGCUGAUCCGACACAAGCUGACUCACAACCCCAAUCGACCGAUGGCAGAAUGCCAGCUUUGCCACAAGAAAUUUACUAGAAAUGACUACCUCAAAGUGCACAUGGAAAAUGUCCAUGGUGAAACCGACAGCUAAUUGUGGCAUAUGUGAGAGGAAAGGAUCUCAUGCUCUGAAGUUCUCCAUUUGCGUGUGUACAAACUCCAGACUUAUCACCUGAUUUGUAAGCAUAGUCAAGAGAAACAAUGGUUAUGUGUUCACAAAUUA